AUGUUCUUCUCGAAGUCUACUUUCGUUCUCUCAUUCCUGGCACUGGGCAACAUUGUCGCUGCUGCGCAGACACCUGCCUGCCUUCUUUCGGUUGUAGGGGCUCAGAAGAAUCCCGCCGACCUCAAGGCUGUCUGUGUUACCAAUGGCGAUGAUGUGCAGAAAAAGAUCGCGGGCACUUGUGGUGAUAGCGAGCAAGCGGCCCUGACGUGGUUCGCUGAUACCUGCGACGCUGCAGGCUACAAAGUUGAUAUCAAAUCCUCUACGACUACCUCUGAGUCCGCUACCGGAACUCCCACUAAGGGCUCGGCAUCUAACACCGGUUUCGUCACUGCUACUGCGACUGGCUCUUCUAGCUCUGGGGAGAGCAAGUCCGGAACUUCUAGCUCCAGCGCUGCGUCAACUUCCCAGACCGUCUCAGCUGGCUCGUCUGAUCGACAGGUCUCCGCAGCAGCCUUUGCGGCUGUCGUCUUCUUCGGUUUUGCUGCGACCCUUUGUACUGCGACAUUUGGGAAUCGUCUUUUUAUUGCUUCAUUUUUGUUCUGUCCAUUCUCGUUCGAGUCAUGGAUUGACUCUGGACUGCCUCAUAGAAGAGCACACAUAUCUGUACAAACAGAGAUUAUUUCUUAUCCUCCGUAA